AACAGACAGACCAACAGAUAGAUGUUUUUGUCUUCGGAUAUUGUGCUGAAGGGAGCAUACAAAGUGCUGCCUGGGGCAGAAGUGGGGCAAGCCUGGCUUAGGUAAGGGUAGAAAACCUGAAUUCCAUUCUUCUCCAAUAGGAGCUGGCACAGAUCCGCUUGACUGAAACUCUCAGUCAGUAACAAAGGAGAGAGAGAGAGAGAGAGAGAGAGAGAGAGAGAGAGAGGGAGAGAAACACCUUAAGAGGCAGCAGCAACAUCACAUGGCAGCUGAGAGCAGCCUGCUCUGGGAAUAAGAUGGUAUUUUUGAACUCUGCAAGCAAAAAGCGCUUUCAUAAAUUUUAUAUGGGAGGCGUUUUAUGAGAGAAGGGAGGAAGACAGGAGAAAGAGAAAAAGGGAGAGAAAGGGGAAGGGAGAGAAAACGAGAGUGAGCAGGGUGGAUAGCGAGAAGCCCAAGAAGAGCUAGAGUGGAGGAAUAGUACAUAAAGGGGACGCUAGGUAGGAAGAAACAGAGUGAGAGAGGUGUAGAGGGAGGAAAAGAAGAGAGGGGGUGGAGAGAGAGGGAGGGAGAUAGAAGUGAGAAAGAGAGAGUCUGACAUCCUCACUCUGAUAGAGGCUGAAGAACAGAUAAGAGUCUAUUCUUAUCUCUGACUGUCUCUGGCAGUCUCCUGGACCUGGCACAGCUCCCUGGUGACAAGGGGGGCUCAAUGACUCUCCUUAGGCUCCAUUCCCCCAGCACUAGGGGGGUGGAGAGGUGUCAACUGAUCUCAGCCAAAAAAGGGGGCGUCUUCCCCCCCUAAAUACCUUGGGGAGCUAGAGACAGAGAGAAGUGGGAGAGGCAGAGAGAGAGAGACUGGAUACAGAGAGAGAGGGAGCUGGGUCCUUGAUUGUUGCUCCAGGAGCCGGGUAAGGCGCACUGGGACCCCCCCAGCCUUCUCAUCCCAACAGCACUCAUAUCCCAACAGCACCCAUAUCCCAACAGCACCCAGUCAUUGGAGGAGAGUGAUCCAGAGGAGCAGGGGAACCGGUACAGCACAGCCUACAUUACCGCUGCUCAUCCCCUGACUGAAGCUUUCUACGGGACACUUGUACAGAGGGUAGGAGCCUGGGCUCUAUCACUUUCCUGUCGGAUUAAUUACCAGUUCCCGGCGGAGUUGCCCCCAGGACCAACAGUGCCUCCCGGAUGCGCACAGGUGUCACCAUGCGGCUCUCAGGAUGUCACCUGGAUCUGUUCUUGGUACUUUUUGGACUCCAGAUCCCUUUGAUCUCAUUAUGCCCUACAAACUGUAUCUGUUACCCCACGCCUAUGACUGUCAGCUGCCAGGCCCACAACUUUGGAGCGAUACCGGAAGGGAUUCCAGAAAACAGUGAAAGAAUAUUUUUGCAAAAUAACCAGAUCACCAUGCUUCACCGAGGGGAUUUUGGUCCUUCUUUGGUAACCCUUUGGCUCUAUUCCAAUAACAUCACCUUCAUAGACCCAGCCACAUUUGAAGGCUUUGAUAACCUUGAAGAGCUGGAUCUGGGGGACAAUCGUCACUUAAGGGCUUUAGCAGCAGACACCUUCCAAGGUUUGUCUAGACUUCAUGCCUUGCACCUAUAUAAAUGUGGACUCAGCUCUCUGCCUAGUGGAAUAUUUAGUGGCCUCCACAGCUUGCAGUUCCUUUAUUUGCAGGAUAACCACAUAGAGUUUCUACAAGAUGACAUAUUUAUAGAUUUGGUUAACCUAAGUUACCUUUUUCUGCAUGGUAACAAACUCUGGAGUCUCCAUCAAAAUACAUUCAGGGGCCUUGUAAACCUGGACCGUCUUCUCCUACAUCAAAAUCAGCUUCAGUGGGUUCACAGGACUGCAUUCCAUGACCUCAAGCGACUAACCAUGCUUUUCCUGUUUAACAAUAGCCUAACUGAACUGCAUGGGGAUUGUUUGGCCCACCUCUCUGCUUUAGAGUUUCUAAGGCUCAAUGGUAACCCUUGGGACUGUGGUUGUAAAGCUAAAUCUCUGUGGGAAUGGUUACGAGGUUUUCGAGGCUCUAGUUCAAAUGUUAUUUGUGAAUCCCCUGAUCAUCUGGCAGGCAUGGACCUUAAAGUGUUGAAAGCAGAAGACUUCAAGCAUUGUUCAGGCUCAGAAUCUCUUCAUCAGAUUAAGACCCACACAUUCAGCACCACGCACCGUAUAGGACACAAAGGCCAUCACUCUCAUCAUUCCUCUAAAGAGAAGGGGAAGGAACUUGAUAUUGGUCCGCACCAAAAUGAGCCUGCAGCCCCUCCAGAUCCUCGACCAGGUUCCAGAAAGCCAGGGAAAAACUGUACCAGUCACAAGAAUAGGAAUCGCAUAUCAAAACCAGUGUCUGUAAAGAGCAUGAAUGAUCUUCAGGAUUAUGUUCCUGAUUAUCAUCAUAAAGCCAACUUCGGCACUUUGCCCACUGCCUCCACUAAGAGGAAGACUAAAUGUACAAGGAGGACGCCGAUCAGGAUACCCAGUGGAGUACAACAAGCAGCAGGCAAUGGUAGUGAUGGGGUCAGGGUGUCUCUGCUGUUAUUCCUCCUUGCGUUGGCUGUCAUAGUGCGCUGAUUUUAUUUUUGUGUGGGAGGACAUGGAACCACUGCCACCACUUUCCAAAGGACCAGCGUUUCUUUUUUGUUAUUCUUAUUUGUUGUAAAUGGAAGAUCAAACAUGGAGAAUGAAUUGAAUGGCUUUCGGUGGUUUCCUGCUUGUGUCUGUGGAUUAUAAUCCUGAACUGGAUGCAACAGAAGUUGAGGGAAGCAUUGUAAUAAGCCUACUACAUGCAGCCCCAACUUUGCAUGUACGUAAGGGCAACACCUUAUCAUAUUUUACAAAUAGACAUUCCUGUUAACACACGGACAUGCAAAAUGGGGCAUUCUUACAGAAAAUGACUAUAUCAAAUAUUUUGACUCUGUUUAGAGAGGGAACAUAUUUGCAAAAAUGUAAAAUGCUAUUACCAAUCCGGCCUCCUACACAUACCUGAGACAUUGUGUGAGUGUUCCCACCAGAGAUACUCUCCUGGUUCUUUUGACCUAUCCAGAAAUUGCUGGUCUUUGGGUCAAUGCUGCUCAGAAGACAAUCUACAAUCCCUGAAAAACUCAGGCAUAUUUAUCGUUAUAUAGCAGGGCUCAGCUGCCUUGCUACCAAAGGAAGGUUGCAAACAUACAAUAGGACUUGUUCAGAUUAAAUAUGGAAGAUUUUCCUACAGGCAGCCUGUUUAUUUUGUAUCUGUAUUCACAUAGUUAUAUAAAGCCACAAACCUUUCUCAUUCUCUCCUCUGCCCCAACUAUUCAUAAUUGUGUCUUUACUGUUUCUAUGGCUAUACCUAAAAACCAUGACUUUGGAAAGAAAAAACUUGUGCUGUCCAUUUUAUAGCAAAUAGACAUUAUUGGCUUCAAGCUUUGCAAACUUUGGUACCCUGCUUAUUUACUGAGUGAUGUAAUAAUAAUAUUAAUAUUGAUAAUAUUCACAGGAGUAAGACUAGAACAGUCCCAUGAAGACCAACCAGGGAGAACUUCAGUUCAUACACUGCUUAUAACACAACUCCACAUUGCCAGGAAAUAACACAACCAUUCGAUAAUAGUAGACAGGGGCAUCAAAGUAUAGUACAGGUCAGAGAUAUAAAGUAUGAUCAGAAUUGGUAGAUGUUUGUGAUACACAGCCAUAGAGCUCUAUUAUCUAUCAGGGAGCAGAAUGUGAAUGGGAAAAGUCUUCACAACUGGGAGAGGAAGAGAAUGCUCCCAACAGUGUUAGUGUAGUGCAAUCCCUAUAGCUGGUCUAAAGGUAUUCACAUUGUAGGAUUAAACCUCGCACAGUGACCAUAGGGAGGUAAUCCUAACUCAUUCUAAAAUUCCUAAUCCGUUAGUUUCUCCCAAAUGAAUUAUAUUAUCUUUGAAACAUACACUCUCUGGGAAAAAAAAUCAUUUAUGCCCAUUGGGAAAGUGAAAUAUUUAUUUUAACUGUAACUGAAAAAAUAUAUAUCCUAGAAAGUUCUGACAGGAGAUGGAUUUCUAGUGCGUGUGCUAAAUUCUCAUCCGUUAUCUUUUCAAAAUGGAAGGAAGUUUCGAAUAUUUCUGGGCUGCCUCAACCGUAUGCCCAGUACUGGCAGCUCUGGGAACUGUCAAGGAUUUAAUCCAGUUUUACAUAGACCAAUCAUUUGUCUUUCUCAUAUACUUCUUCCUCCAAAUAAAAAUACCAUUUUCCAUAAAAACAAUCUAUUUUUGCGUUGGAGCAAAACUGGAGUAAAUAUCAUGAUAGGCCUUCCCUGCUGCAGUAGCAGUGUUAAUCAGAUAUAGAUAGGAGUUCUGGUAAGUGUUGCACACAAACAAAUGUUAUUUCCUUGUCGGAGUAAUUGUGUGAACAAAAGAGAACGCUGAAAUAACCUAAAAUAAAAAAAUAGUCUUGGGUAUAUAAAA